ACGCGUCAAAAGAAGCUAAUUUAAGAGCUUUUAGCUCCAUUGCAUCUAAACCAAAGAAAAAGAGAAAAAAACACAAAAAUUAUUGAAACCCAAAAAAAAAAAUGAUAGGAGAAAGACAAGGCGGUUAUGGAGGUGGAAAUAGAGCACCCCAUGGAGUUCUCCUAGCAGUGGUGGUCGCCAUAGUUGUUGUGGUUCCAUUCCUUGUUGGUGACCAAGGAGAAGCCAUUACAGAAGCCAUUUCUGAGCUUCUGAGCCCAGUGGGCCUUCUUCUCUUACCCAUCAUCCUCCUCCUCACCAUCCAGUUCCUUUCCUCCGAUCGUGGCUCUUUCGUCUCCUCCAUGUUCUCCACCGGCGAGCCCGAUACCAUCCACCGCGUCAGUGGCUCGCCCGUCGGCGUCGCAUUGUUUCUCAUCCUCAUUCUCUUCCUUCUCUAUAACCGGGUUUCGAUCUUCGGCGGAGAUGAUGAUUCCGAUGAAUAGUACCGGUGAAACGGAUCUGGUUCGGAACUGAUAUUUUAUUUUCUUCUGCUUUUUUUAUUUGUAUUUUUUUUUUUUUAAGUCUUUUGAUUUUUUAUACUGUUUAGAGGGUUUGGUUUUGUAAUUAACGUGGAUUGCAAUGGGUAUUGUAGUAAUCGAAAACAGUAAAUGUUUGAAUGUUUAAAACUAUAGUUCCAUAAUUA